GUAUAAUAAAUAAUUUUAAAGAUUCGUGUAUAGAAUCCACAGCUUCCCUAUGUAAUAAGAAAACUGUUUAAUAACCAUAAUUCAUACUAUGGAAACGACAUCAAAAGCUCGAACGCCAAGCCGUUGCCGCGAGUGGGAAAGACAAAGGCGUAACAAAUUCAAUGAUGCAAUUACAAAACUCGGUGAAGCCGUUAAAGCAAUCAACAAAGUAGACAAUCCAUCGGAAAAGGAUUCAGAUAAUGUCCAGUACCCGAAAAUUGAAAUUGUACAGAAAGCCAUCGCAUGCCUCACAAAUUGUGCACAAGAAAAAACACAACUGAGGGCUGAAAUUUUAGCUCUUCAAGUAAAAAUUGAAGCAAGCAAACAGAAUCCUGAAUCCAAGGAUGCAUCAACACAAGUUCAUACAAGCUUCAGUAAAAAAAUGCAAAAUGGAAAAUAUGUUAAACUAUUAAUGCUACAAAAGUCAAAAAGAAAAGCUCUUAAGGAAAAGCAAAUUCUGACAACCAAUGUUACAGUGGAAGGAAAAUCAAAGAAAGAAAAACUAAGAUUAAAUCAAGUACCUCUACAACCACCGAAAAUAUUGCCGAAAUCAACCUUGAAUGACAAAAAAAGAACUGAAAACACUAUAGUGGUGUUGCCGGCUGCUCCAUACCUGUUUCCCCAAAGACCAUUAUUCUUGCCAGCAGUGCCACCAGCUUUUGUUAUAGUGGAUGGUGGUGGAAACAUACAGACUUUAAAUAAACCUUCUGCACCCAUAGUGAAUAGAACCGGUGGAGAUACAACCAAAACCACCAUGGUGAACAUUUUACCAAUAUCUGCUUACUCGCGACCACUAUCAGCAACAAAAACAAAAAAAGUGAACUCCAGAUCUAAGAAUGAUACCACUAAAAAAGUAAAAAAGAAGCCAAAUGUACCAAAAACUGUUCAAGAAUCAGUAAAUAAGAAACAAACUAAUAAUGUCACUGUUGAAACAAACCUGAAAAAUAACAAAAAUCCGUCCAUAGAAAAACAAAAAGAAGUGUUAGCAACUGAUACAGAAGUUAAAUGUUCAAAAGAUCCAAUAACCAAAAUUAAACCUACAAAUGUAGAUGACAAUGUUGUCCAAAGUCAGAAAAAGAAAGAGGACGAAAGUAGUGUUACAAAAGUAACUAUUAAUACCUCAAAAGCAGGAGAAACACCAAACUCAAUCACAAUAAAAACUGUCGAAAAGGUAAAUGAAAAUCAAAAGGCGAUUUCGCCACCUGUUCAAACAAAUAGAAAUGAAAUCCUCAAAGAAGUAAACAUAUCUUUGAAGUCAACGUCAGUGGAGGAUAAAGACAAAGAAAAUAAAUUACCAAAUAUUCUAGAUACAUCACUGUGUGAGAGUGGAGUAGAUGGUGGAAAUGCUCGGCUAGAGCUAGCUGAGGAAUUCUUAGCAGCCUCUCCUACAGCUGCAUUCCUCAUGUCUUUCCCUCUCGUCAGUGGCAAUCGGGCGGACAGUCCUGCAGAAGACGCUUCAAACACCGUUCAUACCAAUGUCAAAGACACUAGUGCACAAAUAGCUAUGCCUCCUGCACCAAACGAGAUAUAUUUUGAAAAACCUAGCACUAAUAAUGACGUCAAAACAAAACCAAUACAUAAACAACCUACCUCAACAGCUAUUUCCGAAAAACAAUCAUCACAAAAUAAAUAUUUGGACAGUAAUAUCCAUAGCAAAUCGGUAGCAAAAACUUCUAGUUCCGUUGCAGCGUCAAAUCCGUCCAAUGAGAACCCGUUCUUGAGUUUACCAAUGCCAUCACUAAUAAUAACGACGACACAGUCUGACACCUUCGGCCUUGACUUUGACUGCAGUAUAAGCAAAUCCAUCCCGAGCCAGUCGUCAUCUUACGUCAGCAACAGUAACUUAUUCUACAAGAGCGACCCGUUCAACACUGUCAAAAGCACUAUUUAUAGCACAAGCAGUAUCGCUUCAGGCCACGAAUUUAAUAGCCUCGGGCUCUAUCCAUGUGCCAUGGAGAAAUACAGUAAAAAUAAAUCAGAUUACACAAACGUUGAGGAUAACCUUAUGAAAAUUGGAUCGUCUCGGUUAACAUAUGACAUUGAUCUUGGUUGGUCGCACAAAGGAUUUGAUUUCGUAAAUUGCACCACAAAUUCGAAUACAUUUAGUAAAGAUAUCCUAACCACCGCGACAGCCCCCACAUAUUCUUCGUCUUACAACCCAUUCAACCCAGAGUUCCAUGUCCCGCUGGUAUCAGCUUCCAGUAAAAAAGAUUCUUCAAGCAAACCCAUGGCUUCGUUUGCGGAAACUAUAACAAGCUUUUAUUCAACUCCACAACCUACGAAUCUAUGGUCAGAAGAUAUGUGCUUUUAUAACAAUACUAGUGCUUCUAAAACAUUGACGAAUAAACACCAGAAUUAUCUCCAUCUAGAACACGUCCAACCGAAUGCCUCAAUCAAAUCUGCUGUAACCAAACAAUAUGAAACCAAAAUUAUCCCGGAUCCCAGUUUGCAAAAUAUUGUGAAACCACCCAAUGAAACUAUUAGACAGCAAUUACCUGAGAAAUACAACAAAAAGUCACCAAAUAAAAUGCAUAUCAAUUGGAUGACGUCCGAGCUGCGCCCAAUGCAAAACAAUUGCAACCCACCACAAACGGAAAUGAAAGAACCUCACAAGCAACCAUAUGGUCAAGUAGAACACUCUUCUAAAAAGCAAGACCAACACGAGGGAAAUUAUUUCCCUAUUGCUAUACAUAAUUUUUCAGCCCAACCUGCUCAGGAAGAUUUUCAGGUUUGGCCUUCGGCGAGACCUCUAGGCACGACGGAGAUAAGCAUUGAACCUCCGCCUAUAAAUCUACCAACAUUGGUCGGAGAUCUGGCUUUAGGACCUCACGACAAGAAGAGAAAUGCAGAUUUAUCAAAUAGAAUCAGUGUCCAGCCAGACAUUCAGAACUGUGGUAACUUUUUGUCUGUUACCCAACUUAUGAACCGUUCCUCCGACAAUGCAACUUCACGUUAUCAUGGCUCUACUACGGAAACUCCGAAACCGAUCGCGGCAAAACAGAGUAAUGCGCAAUUCUCUAAUGAUGUCAACCGUAAACCAAUGUCGUCACGCGUUGAAAUUAAUUUACCGCAACCGUGUUAUGUUUUUAACGAUCCAAAGCAUUCUUAUGAAAACAUGGGCCAAUUUUCGCAACAGAAACCAAAAACAAAUAAGUCCGAGAAAAGCACAAAGGUUCAUAAGAAUAAUUAUUCCGCAGAAGCAUUAAUUCGAAGUGGCAAUUGCACACAGAAGGUUCAAGAUCACAUCGGUCCAAAGUUUAUGGCCCCGUCCCAAAAGUACGGUGAUUUCAAUACCUCACAAGACACGAGUGUCGCUCAGGUGUCCCAUUUUCCUCCUAUACUGGAUUAUUCUGACAACAGUUACACUGGCCAACAAUUCUCCGGAACAACAUUAUAUAACGCCACCACUAAUACUAUAUCUAAUUCAUUCUAUUCCAAUUUUAUGUCGGGCAGCGCGAAUAUAAUGACUGGCAGCUACACAAGUGCUCCUUUUACUGGCGAUUUCGUGGAUUACAACCAAGCGGAGUGCAAUUAUACCAACAAUAAAUACGAGGAGUUUAAAAUGCGCGGUAACCCAGUCUUCCAAGAUAAAGUUCCUUCUAAUUACAAGAGUUCUAGACGAGAAUCUGGUACGAAACACAAACUGGAAUGUUCCAAGAAGGAAAAUAAAAAGUAUCAAAACAAGCGGGCUAAAGUGACAGAGACAGAGGAGUGGAGCGAUGCUAACCUGUUCUGGCAGAAUAAGGGUCAGAGUAAGAAGGGUCCCAACAUGUUGUCGGAAGAGCUGUCGCUCGCGAACUACGUGGGGAACGGCAUGGCACCGCAGUAUCAGCACGAGCUGUUCAACAGCCACCUGGUGAACGCGCCCGCCGACCGUUCGCUCGCUACUUUCCCUGCUACGUCGCGCGCCAAUUUCAACCUCAGCACCAUAUUUCCGGAAAUAACAAUGAAAGUGCAGUAAAAAUCAUCCGGUAUGCGUCCAUAAAUAAAGAUUAAUUACUGAAUAUUAUAAACUUGGAUUUUUUAAAUGGUAUACGCAUCAUCCUAAGUAUUUAUCUGUGAUGUUGAAUAAGUAUUACUGGGUUGUAAGUUAUAUUAAUUAAAUGUUUGUAUAGUUGGUAA